GUGAAAAAGUUAAAGAAUAGCACGCCAGGAUUAAGGCGGGAUCAGACAAAUUCUGUGUUCCUCACUCACACAAAACCCAAAAAACCCUUAUCUCUCUUCGCAUUCUCUCGAAACACCAAAAUUUAAAAGGAAAAAAAAAAAACAAGCUACUUCAAAACCCUCUCCCUCUCUCAGAAACACAAAAUUCUCGAUUUUUUCCUUUUUCAAAUGGCAAUUUCUUCAGGGAUUUUCUCUACUUUCUUAUCCACCGAAACGGUGCCACUUCUCAAGUUUCCUUCUCCUACAUCCACUCCUCCUCUCAGGAUUCUGGCUGCGCCUCCCGCAAACCCGCGCAUGGCGCGGAGUACUGUAGUUACUUGCGCCACGGCAUCGACCGGAAACCGUGCUCCACGCGGCAUAAUGAAGCCGAGGCGAGUCUCACCUGAAAUGGCGGACUUUGUUGGUGCUCCCGAGGUCUCUCGUACCCAGGUUCUCAAGAUUAUAUGGGCCCAUAUCAAGGAGCACAAUCUUCAGGACCCUAGUAACAAGAAGAACAUAAUUUGUGACGAGAAGUUGAAGAAGAUAUUUGCUGGUAGAGACCAGGUUGGAUUUCUUGAGAUUGCUGGGUUGAUUAGUCCUCAUUUCCUCAAAUGAAGUUCAAGAUAAUGGAUCCAGUCUUCAUGGUCAUCUUUCCCGUGGCAGGGCUGUCUUUUUUGUUGAUGAUAAUAGUCAAAAUUAUGCCUGGUGCUUUCGGCAGCUUGUGUUUUUGGUCUUAAUUAGCAGUACUUACGUGCAGAACUAGCUUUGUUUAGAAUUUUGCUUAUGGAUCCCUUAAAUAGUACGAUUUUCAAGAUGAUAUUAUAACUUUCUGCCAGUUUAUGCUUCUGUUGAUGAAUCUCAAAUUUUGAUUGAAUCUU